UUGUAGAGAGAGAGAGAGAGAGAGAGAGAGAGAGAUUAGGUUUCAUUUUCGCUGUCUUAACGAAUAACGAAGAGGAAUUGAAUCUCCGGCGGCGAGGAUGGAAGCGACGGCCGACUCCGGCGUAGUUGUGAUAGACGAGGCGUACGAAUUCUCGGCUCCGCGUUUCUUUGAUUUCAUCAAUGACGAGACCGAGGAGGAUAGGAUCAAUGCAGAGCUUUGGUUUGAUUCCGCUCUCAGUCACGCCCCGUCGCCCUUCACGUCGAGAAUCAAAACUGGAAGAUCAGUUCAGGUUGAGAGCAUUUGCGACUUCACUGAUGCUAUUGAACAACCACCAUCAGAAAUAACAUCAACUGAACCGAAGACUGCAACAGUAACAACAGAGGAUAAACUGGCUGACCCAGUUGUUAUUGUUAUUAAUGAUCCAACGAGGUCUGAAUCAGUCCCUUCUGAAAACAACAAACUUCAAGUUAAUGAGGAGGAUAAGGAUGUUGGAUGUAUUCAACUGGAGAACAAAAGGAAGAGCAGCAAUUCUUCGUCUCCAAUCAAAGCAGUACUAUCUGUUGUUCAAGAUCAAGCUAAUUGCACUCCAAAGUUAUCCAUUCUUAACUCUGCAACUGAAAGGACCGAUUUGAAGAAGAAGAAACAACAAACUGCCCAGAAGAUAGCUAGCAUAAUCAGAAACCCAUCUGUCCUUAGAUCACAAACCCGUUCCCAAUUAUUAUCCCAUAACAAAUGCCCGAAGCCAGCCACUGCAAAACGAGAGCCGAGUUUGAAGAACACAGUUGCCACUCCUAGCUUUGCUCAAGAGAAUCAAGCCGGUAAGAGACAGAAAUUGGAAGGAGGGAAGUCGAGACAGAUCUUGAACAUAAUCAAUCCAACAAAUUUACUUCACAAAAGCAAACAUGGAACCGUCGACAACCUCUCCAGCUUGUGCUCUUCAACCACUGAUAAACCUAGUAAAGAAGAUAGAAAGAUUUAUGUUCGAGACCCACCACCACCGUCAUCAGCCCCGUUUGUUUCAACUGCUGAAAUGAUGAUGAAGUUUCAAUCGGGGACAAGAGACAAUAAUGGAAAUGCUGCUUCAAGUGUUCAAAGGAAGGCUAAUCAUCUUAGACUAACAAGGCCUAAGGAACCCGAGCUAGUUUCGUCGCAGAGAGUUCGUCCUGCUAUUAAGAGCUCUGCUGAAAUUGAGGAAGAAAUGAUGGCUAAAAUUCCAAAGUUUAAGGCUCGGCCCUUGAGAAAAAAGAUUCUUGAAGCUCCAACAUUGCCACCACUUCCAAGAAGUACGCCCAAUCUGACUGAAUUCAAUGAGUUUCAUUUGGAAACAAUGGCAAGGGCUGUUCAGCAUGAAGAACCGUCGAAUAAAGCCACAAACACCAAAUCAUCAGCACCAUCACAACAGAUUGAUCAAUGGAAACCACGUUUCACAGCACCCAAGUCGCCCGUUCUUCAGACUUCAUUGAGAUCACGCCCACCUUCCAUUAAGAGUUCGGAUGAACUAGAAAAGGAAGAACUUGAAAAUGCGCCCAAGUUCAAAGCUAGACCGUUAAAUAGGAAGAUCUUUGAAAGCAAAGGUGAUCUUGGGAUAUUCUGUAAUACAAAGAAACAGGUAACUAUACCACAAGAAUUCCACUUCAAGAUCGACGAAAGGAUUCCCCCGCCAACAACCUUUGCUGACAUGUUUGAAAAGAUGUCAUUGUGUUCAGAAUCAUCCGCCUGCAGCAGACAGAUUCCAAGAAACACCAGACCAAAUCCGUUUCAUCUCCUCACAGAAGAAAGAGGAGCGGAGAAAGAAAAGAGGUUUGUGACAGAAUUGACGGUUAAAGAGAUAUUGGAGGAGAAGGCAAGAGUUCACAAGGCGUUACCAUAUCCAUACACAACCGACUAUCCUUUGAUUCCACCUAAGCCGGAGGCUAAGCAAUGCACAAAACCGGAACCCUUUCAACUAGAGAGUGUUGUAAGGCAUGAGGAAGAAAUGCAGAGGGAAAUGGAAGAAAGGAAGAGAAUGGAGAAGGAAGAAGCUGAAAUGAAGAUCUUCAAGGCACUACCAAUAAUGACAGAGGAUCCAAUACCAGUUCCUGAAAAAGUUCGAGUACCCUUAACAGAGGUUCAAGGAUUCAAUCUACAAGUUCAACAUAGGGCAGUCGAAAGAGCAGAAUUCGACAACAAGAUAAAGGAGAAAGAGCAGAUUUAUAAGCGAUACAGAGAUGAGGCAGAGUCUGCAAAAUUGAUGGAGGAAGAGAAGGCAUUGAAGCAAUUGAGGAGGACAAUGGUGCCUCAUGCAAGGCCAGUGCCCAACUUCAGCCAUCCCUUCAUGCCACAAAAGUCCUGCAAAGAAAGAACAACACCAAAGUCACCAAAACUGCAGAUUGAUCGGAGGAGGCAGGAGAAGACAAGAAGAAUAACUUCAAGUGGAGCAGCAGCAGCCUCUAACAUAAGAUGAUGGAUUUUUUAUUUGUAAUGUGUGUGUGUGUUAUUGUUGUCAAAUUGUGGGGGUGUAAUAAUUCAAGAAUUCUUGAAAAAAACCACCCCAAGUAGUAGAGAGGAAGGUUGCUAACAAUUUCCUCAAUAUUUGUGUUUCUCAAAUUUGUUUGUAUAUUAAAAUCCUCUAAAAUUCUUCUUCUAAGAUAAUUUUAUUGUUACAAGUCAACUCAGAGUGAAGCUCACUCAACACAUCAGUAACAACAAUUGAAGAUUCAGAUAUUUUUUUUGUUAUUUUUAAA